GGCGGGCGGCGUGACCCCGCCGGGGGGCGGCCGCGCUGGAUGGGGCCGGGGGCCGGCCGGCAUGGAGGGGGUCCUGUACAAGUGGACCAACUACCUGAGCGGCUGGCAGCCUCGGUGGUUCCUUCUCUGUGGUGGCAUCCUGUCCUAUUAUGACUCUCAGGAAGAUGCCUGGAAGGGUUGUAAAGGAAGCAUCCAAAUGGCUGUUUGUGAAAUUCAAGUUCAUCCUGCAGAUAACACACGAAUGGACCUGAUUAUCCCAGGGGAACAGUACUUCUAUCUGAAGGCAAGAAAUGCAGUUGAAAGGCAAAAGUGGCUGGUUGCACUUGGAACUGCCAAAGCCUGUCUGACUGACAGCAGGACACAAAAGGAAAAAGAGUUCACUGAAAACACAGAAGCCUUGAAGACCAAAAUGUCUGAACUUAGACUGUACUGUAACCUCCUUGUUCAGCAAGUGCAUAAAACAAAGGAAGCCAGCAUUUCUGGUGUGUCAGAACCAGAGAGUGAGAUUGAUAUGGGAGCUCUGUUGAAAUCAACCUGUGACACUUUCCUGAAGACUCUUGAAGAAUGUAUGCAGAUUGCAAAUACCGCCUUCACUUCUGAGUUAUUGCAUCAGACCCCACCUGGAUCCCCAAAUUUAGCAAUUCUCAGAACGAGCAAGGUAAAGCACUCUGUCUUGUCCAGUCACACCUCAACAGAAAGGCAGGUGGAAUUGAACCCCUGUGAAAAUGGCUGUGUAAAAGCAGAAGUUAACCAUCAAGAGCAAGCAGUUAUUAAAAGUAUGGAAUGUUUAAACUUGGAAACAAACGUGGGGGCUGGUGGUGUUUAUGUUGAAGAUCAUGUAGCAAAGGAUUUGGCAGACAUUAAAGAUGAUGGAGAGGACAAGCUGCAAGCUGUAGAAGGCUGUGGUGCCCCCAAGAUGCUGCAGUCAGAAACAAAUUCUUCAAGUGGACUGACUCUGUGUGAGGAGGAAAGAAAUGAAAAUGAUUCUCCUACCUUCUUCAGUGUCAUGAGCAAUAGGUUCAGUGACAUUGAGCUUCGGGAGGAAGAGGGCAUACCAACAGAGGAGUUCCUGGAGUCAUGUUAUGCAAUCGUGCCUGUUCUGGACAAGCUGGGACCAACUGUUUUUGCUCCAGUUAAAAUGGAUUUUGUAGGCAACAUCAAGAAAAUAAACCAGAAAUUUAUAACCAACAAAGAAGAGUUUGAUACCCUUCAGAAGAUUGUGCUCCAUGAAGUGAACGCAGGUGUAGCACAAGUUAGAAACUCUGCCACAGAGGCUCUCCUGUGGCUGAAAAGAGGUUUAAAGUUCUUGAAAGGGUUUUUGACAGAAGUGAGGAAUGGAGAAAAGAAUAUCCAAACAGCUCUGAACAAUGCUUAUGGAAAGACAUUACGGCAGCACCAUGGUUGGGUUGUCCGCGGGGUCUUCGCUUUAGCUUUAAGGGCCGCUCCAACGUAUGAAGAUUUUGUGGCAGCUCUGUCUGUUGAUGAGUGCAAUCCUCAGGAAGAAACAUUUUACAAAGGAAUGCAGAGGGACCUCAACAUUUACUUACCAGCCAUGGAAAAGCAGCUGAAUAUCUUGGACACUCUCUAUGAAGUACAUGGUUUGGAGUCAGAUGAGGUGGUAUAACUACAGCAAGACCACAUCUUAAAAAUUCAGGGACUGUGUCUGUUAACAAAGAUUCCUUCCAUUUUGGUUUUGAGACAUCAUUUCUGAUCAUUGUAUCUUUUCAGGUGGGAAAGGUGUUGAGUGUUUUGGGGGAAGGGUAUGUGUGAUUUUUAUAUUUUCAUUUUGCUUGUGUUGCAUUUAAAUGCAGACGUAAUGUCUCUCUUUGGAUGA